AAAUGGCUCGUCCGUCCGCUCGAUCACAGAGUAGAGACGCCCGCGGCACCACCAAACCCCAACCACCUACCACCAUCCUCGAUCUUCACCCCGUCGGCGGUCGAUCGGCCGCCCGCCCGCUAUGGCCUCGCCGGCGCCGCCAAACCACGGACAUGGGGCGCAGCUGUCGCUCCCGGACCUCCGCGACGAGCUCCUGGAGGAGAUCUUCCUCCGCCUGCCGGGCCCGGCGGCGCUCGCCCGCGCCUCCACCGUCUGCGCCUCCUUCCACCGCGUCAUCACCGAGCGCGCCUUCCUCCGCCAGUUCCGCAAGCGCCACCCGCCGCCGCUCCUCGGCCUUGUCGACGAGGAAGGCGUCUUCCUGCCCGCCCAGGCGCCGCACCCUUCCGCCCCGCUCGCCCGCGCCCUCGUCGCCGCCGGCGACUUCACCUACUCCUUCGUGCCCGAGCCUGACAACAACACCGGCACGCCCAAAACCUGGUUCCCCCGCGACGCCCGCGACGGCCGCGUCCUCCUCGAGCACACCUCCCGCUUCGUGCUCAAGACCGUCUUCACCGACCUGGCGGUGUGCGACCCCUUGUCAAGGAGGUACGUGCUGCUCCCGCCCAUCCCCGAGGACAUGACCAGCCAGGAAGAGCACCUCCUCGAGUUCAGGCCUAUGCUAGCUCCCAUUCGGGAGGGCAAGGACGAGGCCGACGAGGACGAGACGUCGUUCAAGGUGAUCUGCGUGGCGCGCUACAGAACCAAGCUGGCCUCGUUUGUGUUCUCUUCCAUCACCGGACAAUGGCGCAUAGCCGCGUCCACCACCUGGAGCUCUCUUGGCGCAGUUGAACCCUCUUGGAAACGCAUGUAUCGCUACAACUACUUCCGUGGCUGCUUCUACUGGACAGACCUUUGGAGGGACAAGCUUCUGGUCCUGGACACCGGCGUAAUGGAGUUCUCCACCGUCGCCGUUCUCACCGGCACCCAUGUGCAGCUUAGAAACCAGCCGGGACAGAGAAUAUGCAUGUCUAUCGUUGUUGAUGGCACGGAAGGAGCUCUUGAGAUGCUUACUCUCGCCGGCGAUUACGGUCCUACCUCAUUUUAUCUCUAUCAUACCACUCAAAAGAGCAAUGGUGGAUCUUCCAUUGAGUGGAACCUGGAAAAUGUUAUGGAGUUGCCUCGCCGGUGGCUCUGCUCCACAAUGGGCGCAACAGAGGGGUUCUUAUUCCUUCGAUGUGAUCGAGAGGCUCAGUUGGAUGGUAGUGCACUUGGGUUCUUGCCUGAAGAUAACCAUGUUAAUUUUCUCUCUCUGGAGGUCAAGACUUUUGAACUCAAGCAGGUCUGCAUGGCGAAAUAUCAUCCCAAUUGUGUUCACUCCUACUUCGGCUUCCCACCAUCGUUGUCGAAAUCAAGCCUAUGAACUACAACACAGGAUGAUCUUUCUUUGCUUUUGGAGUCCCUUAUUUGGGCGAUGC